AUGCCAUUGAUUCAUAAAAUCAGGAUCGGUAAAGCAGUCGUUGAUGAUGAAACGAUCGAUGUCCUUCAAAAGCUUUCGUUUUUUUAUAACUCAAUAAAUGUAUUAGAGAUGGUACUACAACAGAGUGCUAAUCUAGAUUGCUCAGAGAAACUAUUCGUAUCAUUGACACUAAAUAAUAAUCAAGGUAUCAUUUUCAAAGUCACAGAAUCAACCCAACUCGAACUCAAAGCUGAUCAACUCCGAGUCAUCAUGAAUACAGGCCCAGAUUUAACAAUAGUCUGGCCUUUUUUAGUUCUAAAAAUGUCAAAUGAAUUGGUAAAGAAAGAAGCUCAAAGUUACGAUGAUGCACAUUUACAGUGGGGGAUUCUUUGCAAAGAUGUCAUCGAAUAUGAAGACUAUAAAGUUCUCAUUGAUCAAUCUCCAAAAGACGAUUUGGUGAGAUGA